GUUUGGGGCCAGUCCUACAUAUCAACCAGGACCUUCUAGUCUCGAAGCAGAGGUGAGAGGCCAGCAGAGCCAGCACAAGCCAGUUGUGUUCCUGACCAAGCUUGUCCUCCAGCUGGCGGGAUCCCAUAGACACAGCCCUCAGAAAUGAAUGAGGAGAGAAUGACAUAUGCAGAGCUAAAAUUGCCCUAUCCAAAGAAGCAGAACAAAAGACAUCCAACUCGUAAAAGGAGAGAAUUCACAUGGAAAAUCAUUGCAAUAAGCCUGGGAAUGCUCUGUUUUCUUCUCCUGCUGGUAAUCACGGUCUUAGGAUAUAUGAUAUGGAUUAAAGAUUUUCAGAUCUCUUCUGUGAACAAAACUCAAACUAUGACAGACACACCAGAAGUUGAAGAUCACCCGUCUCACCCUGCUUCACCGCCUCUUGCUGAUAAAGAUUAUAACACAUGUCAAGAAAAGUGGUCCUGCUGUGGAGAGAACUGUUAUCAUUUUUCAAAAGACGAGGGAACUUGGACUGAGAGUAAGAAGUCAUGCCAAGACCUUGGUUCUAGUCUCAUUAAGAUUAAAAGCAAAGAGGAGCAGACCUUUCUUCAAUCAAAGAUCAAAUACAGAGGUUGGAUUGGAUUACAUAGAAAAGGAGCUAAUCACCCUUGGGUGUGGCUGGAUAACUCAACACCAUCUCAGAAACUGAAUUUUAAAGAUACUGGACCAAAUGCACACUGUGGAUUCCUCAAGCCAACAAAUAUUGCUACUGCUGUUUGUACUAAACGUUCUCCUUUCAUUUGUAAAAAGAAGAUUUCCUGCCUUAAUAAUUAGCAAAACUAUAAAUAAAAAUCUUAAUAUUUACAGUCUUUAAUAACUAUUAGGGAAAUCCUGGGUAUUCACUCAAAUUAGUCAACUAUCCCUGAUUUAUAAAGGGUUAUGAUCUUUUCAAACAUCCUUGAGCAAGGAUAAAAUAAGAAGUUUUAUAAAUAGUAAUAUUAAAUAAAUAGAAAAAUAAGUUUGUUUGAGAUUUCCAGAACUAAUAAAGUUGAGAACAUGAAACAAAUUUUUUUCAUUUAUUUUACAUUUAUAUUACAUCUAUUUUUUAAAUCAUUGAAUGAAAUUUAUUUCAUCAGUUAAUUAAUAUAAUUCAUCCUGUUUAAAAUCUAGGAUGCACAAAAUGAUGAACAAAUUCUUUUUUCCCAUCUUGUCCCCUAGUAACUAGUUCUCUUCUUAGAGUCAAAUAUGUACCUAGUUUCAUAUAUAUUAUCCCAGAGAUAUUCUAGGAAAGUACAACUUUAUACAUGCUAUCUGCUAGACCAAAUGUUAUGUAACUAUA